AUGCUGCUUCGACACAAGACAGCAUCGAUAGCGGCCGCCAGGUCAACGCCUGCGAGACCAUUGUCUGUAGCCACUGAGAUCCUCGACACUGAUGGCGAAGACGAAAGCGACUUUGAAGACUUUACACCAGACUCUCCGAAGGGAAGCUACGACACUGAUGAACGAAGAACCAGCCAAACCACUUUGUCAUCAUACGAUGAGGCGCCAACCCCAAGCUCCAGCCAGAGUCGCGGCCCUUUCGAAAUGCAACCUCAAGCGGUGGAAGGUCCUAGAGGACCGCAUUUGUUCCGUGCGUCUCAAACCUCAACUGACCUUGAGUACGAGUAUGCAAUGCAGAUGUCACCACUCCUCCCUAAGGAAAUGGUUCUGAGAACUGGUACCGCAUUCUCUGACGUUACUGUAACAACCCCGAUCACCAGGCAGAACCAGCUCGAACAGGACUACUCAAUUGCGUCGGCGCUGCACCAAGCACUCAAUCUACCUCCCACUGGGAAGCAUGCUGCGGCGACUAGUAUACGUGGCUGGUCGCAUGAACAGGUGGUCGAGUGGAUGUUGUCUGCUAAUCUCGAUGAAUCCAUCAUUGACUGCUUUGAGCACCACGAUGUUGAUGGUACGGUUCUAAUGGAUCUCGAGUUCGAAGAUCUUAAGGAGCUCGACAUCCAGUCUUUCGGCAAGCGCCACCAAGUUUGGAAUGCCAUUUGCGAACUCCGUGGCGUAGAGUCCCAGCCCAGCCCACAGCCCACACCGUUUGAGGACGUCAGCCGACCUUGUACGAGAACAACCAGACGGUCACCAAGCCGCGCUCGUGAUCCCCACGAUGAAGCGAGUGCCGAAGAUGAAAGAGUCAACUCGCCGUCUCCUGGAAAGAAGCGGCGCGGUCGGAAGCCGCCAAAGCAACUGGACAUCGUAACUCCCGGAGAGUCGGUCUCCAUCGUCGCGAUCGAACAGCUUCUACCAAAGCCGCACAAAUGCGCCAAAGGCGAACGUUGUGCCAAGUGGCGGAAGCAGCAACGAGAACUUCAGCAGCUAAAGGACGAUGACGGUCUUGGUCGGUUUCCAAUUAGCCCAGGCAUGGGCGGCCGCAUCGUUGUUCGCGGCGACCCCGGAAACGCAAUGACUGCUGAAAAUGUUAUUCCUAACGUUCGCAUGCUGCACGUCGACGAACAGCUCCGUCCGGAUUCACACUUUAUCCCAUCUGUCGUCGCCUCAUCAGACGUUCUGGGACCAGAUCAAUUGCCCGAUUUCGCGCUACACGCGGACAUGCUUGAACAGCUUGACAAGCGUGACCCGCAAGACAACGUCAGGCAGUUCCUGAACUUCCAACACCUGCAUUCGCCAGCACCGCCGCUCAACGAUGCGCCUCUGUCGCCGGUUGAAGGCUUUCCCGGCAACUGCAACUUCAUUGACCGUUCCAUAUCUGUGCCCCCACCUUCAACGAGUCAAGCUCCUGUGAAGCGUACAGAUUCGGCGCCCUCACUCUUUCCCGAGCAGCACUUCCAGGCAUAUCCAUCACUGCAUCAUCAAGACCAGACGACUGGGUCAUAUCAGCAUCUCCGACAGCUGCCACGCCUCAGCAUCCCUACGAGGCUUGCCGCUACACAAGGAUUAGCAGCCACGAACCCAGCUGUGCCGGAGUCAGCUGCAUCGAUGUGCCGAAGCAUCACUGCGUCACCGGGCCCAAUGGUCUCUCCAAGCCACCCGUACCGCUUUGGCACACCAGCUUCAGAGAUGGAUGUGCCCGUUACUGCUGUCCCUUCCGGACCUAUUGCCCGCGACACAUCGGCAUCCGUGCCACCAAAUAUGCAAUUUAGAGUACAACAGCACAGCAUCAGCCGCUCCCAUUCCAGAGCAGCAGAGUUGCGAAGACCAUCAAUAGCUCUUCCAGCCGUGCACGAGGGUGAGGUCUUCACAACUGAUUUCCAGCAGCGCAGCACACGGCCGAGCAUAAGCAGUUACGGCAGUCCUGACAGCAAAAGCAGUUGUGCCAAUCCUGGAAAGCAGACAGCCCGUGACCCAGCACACGUCGAUCUAACGGUUAAGCAAUUUGGAUACGGCUCUGAGUGCACACAUGCCGGUUGGAUGAAGAAGCGCAAGACAAAGAUGCUGCGGCAUGAUUGGCAAGACGCACAUUUCCGUCUCCAGGGAACCAACCUUAGCAUGUACCCGAAUGCGCGCCUGUCCACGGCAGCCAUUGACAAAAUCAAUGUCGAUGAGUACGCCGUUGCGUGCUCAUCUGUUGGAUCGAACAGCAAAAUUACAGCUGCCAUGAAGGCGCUGAAGCUCAUGGAUGACGCCGGGAAGAAGUCGAAGGAUGGAAUGGACCCGACAGCUUUCGCGUUCCAGCUUGUGCCAACCGCCAAAGAGGGCGAGAGCAAACGUCUUGCAGCAAAUGGCAAGACGCAUCACUUCGCGGUCAAGACCAAGGAUGACCGUAUUGACUGGAUGCGAGAGCUCAUGCUUGCCAAAGCGCUGAAGGCGAAGGGUGAUGGAUAUGAUGUUGAGGUCAACGGCGUACAGGCGUAA